AGUCUUAGGUACUUGUGGAUCACUUGUAAAGGAAAUAAACUUCCAGUGGAGAAAGGGAAAUUGUAAUCAUCGGACAUUGUUUAUUUGCGAAAAAGAUACAACAUUACAAACGACAGAGAAAAGCAGUAUCAUGACGACUUCAAGUUUAACAACAGAGGCAGCGAGUAGCACAACUUCCACAACAAGCUCCACACCUCCUUCUUCAAGCUCAUCUGCACAAGCAACAACAACAAAAAUACCAGAUUGUCCUGACAACUGGAUUACUUACGGGCAGUCAUGCUAUUUGUUCAGUAACGAGUCCCUGAUUUGGUCAGAUGCAAGAAUCCGAUGUGAAAACCUGAAUGGAUAUCUUGUCGAAAUAACGUCUGCUGAUGAAGAUCAGUUUCUGGUAAAACAUGCAAACUUUUCCACCAGGCAAAUAAAUGAGAAGAAG